AUGUCGCGGGACGGCAAGGUGGAGCUUGAGGACGUGUCCUCUCUGAAGGAGGGCACGCCCUCAGUGCGUCAACUCGAGUCAACGUUUAUCGACGGCACCGCCAGCGAAGAUGAAAUUUUUCUGGACGGGUUUUCGGCCAAGGAGCAGAAUCGAAUCUUCCGCAAGCCCCAACUCAAACACUGUCUCUUGACACUUCGUGAGACUGACUGGUGUCGGAAAACACACAGGGCAAAUAUCGGCAACGCCAAGAUCGAAGGUCUCGAGACUAGUCUUGACAUGUCUGGGAGCGACUACAAUGUUGCCUCUAUGGUUUUCUUCAUCUCGUACAUCAUCUGCGAGGGGCUCAUCAUGACGUUCUCCGGGUUCGCGCAAUCCUUCGGCGGCUUUGUGGCUGCAAGGUUCCUGUUGGGAAUUCCCGAAGCAGGUUUCUUUCCAGGUGCAAUGUACAUCCUCAGCCAGUGGUACCCUCCACAUCGAACACAGUUCAGAGUCGCCCUGAUGUACGGUGCGGCUGCUAUGUCCGGUGCAUUCUCAGGGCUACUCGCGGCUGGCAUUGCACAGAUGCGAGGCUUGGGCGGCCUGUUAGGAUGGCAGUGGAUUUUCAUACUUGAAGGAGUCAUGACCGUCCUCGGAGGUCUGAUUUGCUACUUCGUCCUCCCCGACUCCCCCGACCUCUCCGGCUGGCUUACAGAUCGCGAGCGACGAUUCUUGAACUUGACACAUGCGAGGUAUCGUGGGAGCAAAAAGAGCAAGGAGUCAAGUGCCCAAGUGGCAGUGCCUGAGAAAAAGCCCAAGGGCCAUUGGGGGUAUGUGUGGCGACAGCUUCAUUGGGCUUCAUACUGCUCCGUACCGACCUACGCCCUCAAGUUCACCUUGCCUCAGAUCAUCCGCAACAUGGGCUUCACCAACAACCAGGCACAACUCCUCACGGUGCCGCCAUACUUCCUAGGAGGCUUCUCGGCCGUGUUCUCGUCUAUGCUCGCCGAUAAGCUCCGCUGGCGCUACCCGUUCAUCUGCGGGCCUCAGAUGUUGCUGUGUAUAUCCUACGCUGUACUUUUCGUCUACGCCGCUGACAUUCGGAACAACGUGGCGCUCUGCUACACAUUUGUCAACAUCUCGACCAUCGCCAGCUAUCCCAUCGUCCCAGGCGGCAACACGUGGACCCUGAACAACCUCGCUGGCCAGGAGAAGCGUGCCAUGGGUAUCGCUUUUAUGAUCACCUUGGGAAACCUGGGUGGUAUAGUGGGAAGCUUCAUCUUCCGCGAUGAUGAGAAGCCCCGGUACCCGACGGGCUGGGGCGCGUGUCUGGGUUUCGUGGCGGCUGGCGUGGUUUCCGCCUCGCUGCUGGAGCUGUGUUACUUGACCAUCAACAAGCGCCGCGCCCGCAAAUCCGAGGAUGAAGUCCGGGCCGAAUAUACCGACGAGAAGCUAGAAAAGAUGGGUAACAAUAGCCCCUUGUUUAGGUACAGCCUGUGA